AUGUUGCCCCUUGUCUUCACUGUGCUCGUUCUGUACUCUUGCUUCUUAACCAGUGGAAGCUGUGACCUCUAUGAUGAGCUAAAGGAGUUGAAAACUGAAUUUGACAUCAAUCUCUACCAGCGAUUAGCAGAACCAGAGAACAGAACUAACUUGAUAGUUGCACCAGCAAGUGUGUCCAUUUCUUUGGGGCUAUUGCAGUUUGGAGCUCAAGGAAACACCUUUAUGCAGCUGGAAAAUGCUCUUGGAUACAACAUCCACGAUCCAAAAGUGCAGGACUUCUUACAUACCGGGUACGAAGAAGUGACCAACUCUAGCCAAGGCCCUGUGGUUCAGCUGGCAUGUGCCCUAUUUGUGCAAGCUGGAGUUCACCUGUCUCCUGACUUCAUUGAACAUACUGCACUCUGGGCAAACAGCAGCCUGCAAAAAAUCAACUUCAGUGAGCCUAACAGCACUGCUGCACAGAUAAAUGAAUGGGUUACCGGUAACACUGAAGGUGGAGAAGCAGACUGCAUACAUCUGGAUACAGUUGGUUCACCACUUACUCAGAUGGCUGUGGUGAGCACCAUGUACUUCAAAAGCAUGUGGCAAAAGAAAUUCUCUUUCGCAGAUACUCAGUCCUUGCCUUUUACCACUGCGGAGGGCGUCACCCUGAAAGUGCCCACAAUGUACCACACGGCUGAAGUCAAUUAUGGUCAGUUCCACACCGCAUCGCUGGAGCGGUUCGGUGUAGCCGAGUUGCCUUAUCUGGGGGAGACAGUCAGCAUGUUUGUGGUGCUUCCCAGUGAUAGGAGGACAUCUCUGUCCCAGAUUGAGUCACACCUCUCAGCUAAAAUCAUUACUGUUUGGGCCAACAGCUUAAAGAGAAUGAAGAUGGAUAUUUUUCUACCUAGAUUCAGAAUUCAAAGUCACUUUGACUUAAAAAUGGUUUUACCUGCCUUGGGAAUUACAGACAUGUUUGAUCCAACUGAGGCUGAUUUUAAAGGUAUUUCAGAGCAAGGCGGGCUUUACAUUUCAGAAGCUAUUCAUAAAGCAAAGAUUGAAGUGACAGAAGAAGGUACGAAAGCAUCAGGAGCUACAGCUAUGGUGCUAUUAAAAAGAUCUCGAACUCCUAUUUUCAAAGCAGACAGACCUUUUAUCUUUUUCCUAAGGCAUGCCAAUACAGGUACGCAUAAUUCAUUUAUUCAGUAG